CAGCAUGUCGCCUUCUGAAUGAGUUCUUCAGGAUAACCUCUGUUCCAUUCCAUUCAUUCCCAAUUCAUUCGUUUUCGUGGAAGUUUCCACUUGCCAUUCGUUUCUUAGGACCUUUACAUCCAUUUUUCCAAAACCCCAGCACAGGAUGCCAUCCUUCACCUUUUCCCACGUUGCCCUGUUGACCAGCGGCCUCGUGGCGCAAGUAGCCCAUGGCUAUACCCAAGUCAAUGUUGGUAGCAUCUUCAUGAACAAGAACAUCGAUCCCAUUGUUUUCCCCGGAUCUUACAGCAAGUCCCACUUACACUCAUUCUUCGGUUCCGAUGCCGUCACCGCCAACACCAACACCAGCGCUGAGCUUCAGGCCGGUUGCACCAACGUCGAGAACCCCAACGACCUUUCCGUGUACUGGGUUCCUACGCUUCUCUACAAGAACGGUGACAAGCAGGAGCCCGUGCCUCUCUCCCGCUUCAGCGCCUACUACAGCUUGGGAGACACCCCGGCCGAAGUGCCCAUCCCGCAGAACCUACGCAUGGUUGCUGGCAACGCUGGAGCAAAGACCGCCGCCGAUAUGGUGGAAGCCGCCCACAGCGAGUGGUUCUGCGAGAACGGCGGCGGCGGAGCAGCUGAUGCGAACGGCUUCCCCAGCAGCACUUGCAACACUCAUCUUCAGCAAUUGCUGUACUUUCCCAACUGCGUCAACGAACAGACGCUCGAGACAGCCUACAAGGCGGGCCAGCCUGGUAACUACAAGGCAUGCCCCGCGGGGAUGAAGGCUAUGCCCCAACUCCGCUUCUCUAUCCGCUACGAUCUCCGCAAAGUGCUCCCCAACGGCUGGAGCGGAACCGCUCCUAUCCAGCUGGCGUGCGGCAAUGCUUUCUGCAGCCACGGCGACUUCAUCAACGGAUGGACCGAGGAGUCGGCCAAGAACAUGGUCGCGACCACUACCACGAAGCACUCUUUCCAGGCUGUUGAGGGCAGUCUCGGAAAGAACGGCGCGAAGCCCACUUGCAAGUCUGCGGAUGCUGAACCCGAUAAGGGUACUAGCGACUUCGCGGAGAGCGUUUCGUUGAUGAGCAAGAGGUCUGUUCCGGCCAUGGGAUGGAUCUCCAGGAACAGAUUCGCUCGUGCGUAAAGUGUAGACGUUAGAGCACUUUCUUGUAUAUAUUUUGACAAUGUUUCCUGAAAAGGAAAUGUGCAUAAGUGAGAAAUAGCAGAAACGCAAGUGAAUCAGAUGGCUACGGCCAUGGGCUCUGCAC